AUGUACAAUAUUAUAUAUAAAUAUUAUUGAAGUUGGUACCGGAUUGUUUGAAUAUAUUAAUCAGUAAGACCCAUUUCAUGCGCUCAGGCGUCAGUUUAACGACAAUACUCGUCGAAACAGGUCUAUUCAAAGAUGGGAAUUCUUUUUUGGAAACGUGAUAAGUCGUCGAGUACUGAAAACGACCCUCUCUUAGGGAAAACGAAUCAAUCAAAAAAGAAAUGGUUUCGGCUGUGUAAUGUGCUACUCUUAUUAUUAUUAAUAAUCAUCUUAUUCUUCGUAAUCCAAUAUAUAUUUGGUACAAAAACGGAGAAAAAACAGCCAAUAGCACUGAAAAGUUUGGCGACAAUUAAUAAUGAUUAUUUCAAGAAAUGCGCACCAUCCGUGACAUGUGAUUCCAAUUCAAAAUAUAGAACAAUCAAUGGAUCCUGCAAUAAUUUACAAAAUCCUAUUUGGGGUGCAGCAAUGACUCCUUUUUACAGAUACAUAGAUCCAGAGUUUAGCGACGGAAUUUCAAAGUUCCGGUUGCAAUCCGAUGGAAGUAAUUUACCAAACGCUCGUCAUCUUACUAUAAAACUGUUCCAGAAUAACACGAUUGCUUAUGACUGGAAAUACAACGAACUCUUAGUGCCAUGGGGUCAAUUCAUAACACAUGAUAUGGCUUAUUCAGCGGUUAACAGUGUGAAUUCAUCUUUCCCGGAUGCUCUAAAUCAUUGUCAAGACAAGAAUCAACCGGUUGAAUGUGAAGCGGUUAUCAGAUUAUUUCCAGAUGACCCGGUUUACGGAAAAUACAACUUAACCAUUUUGAAAUUUAUGCGCCUCGUCACUUCGGCCAACUAUAGUUGUCCUUUAAUUCCUUCUACUGUCCUCAAUCAAAAUACGCAUUUUAUCGAUGCCUCGAAUGUAUAUGGUUCUGAUUCUGAAACGGCAACAAAGUUACGUCUCUUUAAAGGAGGAAAAUUGCUUGAUCAACGUAUAGGAAAAGAAUCGUAUUGCCCUCAAAAUCCAAGUGCAAUCAUUAAAGUUGGAAAUAAGACCGAAGAACCGAUAUCAUUUUUUGCAGGAGACGUCAAUGUCAAUCAGAAUCUAGGAAUCGCGUUGUUUCAAAAUCUAUUCUUGAGGUUUCACAAUUAUAUUGCCGACAAGUUACAAAAAGAUCAUCCUACAUGGACAGAUGAGAUGGUAUAUCAAGAAACUCGUAGAAUCGUCGCCGCUGUCGUUCAGAUAAUUACCUACGAGCAAUAUUUGCCAAUUAUUUUAGGUGAACAAUAUAUGAAAGAAUACGGGUUGAACAGAGAAACAAAUUAUGAUCCAUCGAUUACCGUCGCUAUGGCACAAGAGAUGACUAGUGGUGCUUUUCGAUUGCUUCACAGCAUGAUUCCUGCCCAAUUUAAUUAUAUGUCUAAAAAUUACACCACAUAUGAGGUUGAAAAACCAUCAGAGUCUUUUUUGAGACCAGAUACUCUGAUUAAUAAUGUUGAUGGGUUCGUCAGAGGAUUAAUUGAAACUCCUGGACGUAAAACCAGACCAGAAUACAAUCACCUUAUAUCAAAUAUUGUUAUUAAGUCUGCAUUAGUUAAUACUACUGGAUUUGACUUGCAAUCUUACGAUGUACAACGCGGUCGGGAUGUUGGUCUCCCACCAUACACUAAAAUAAGAACACUCUGUGGAUUACCAAAAGUAAAAUCAUUCGACGAUUUAUCUGAUUAUAUACCAUUGGAAAAAAUUGAACAGUUAAAAUCAUUUUAUAAAUCAGUUCAUGAUAUCGAUACUCUUGUUGGAAUGUUAUUAGAAAAUAGAAUAAACGGUUCUAUGGUCGGUCCAACGGGUAGUUGUAUAAUCGCUGAUAGUUUUCGUCGAAUAAGAAAUGGUGACAGGUUUUUUUAUGAUGUUCAAGGACAACCCGGAAGUUUUACUUCAGAUCAGUUAUGUUCGUUGAAAAAAAUAUCGCUUAGUCAUAUCAUUUGUGCAACAUCGAAUGUAGAUCACGUUCAAAUGGAUACAUUUAGCUUAAUCGAUCAUAUACGAUUGAUGAAACUCAAGCCCAACUGCACAAUGUACAAAAUUGACUUAAGUGCGUGGUGAAUAAUUAUUACAAAACGAUCAAAUAAUGUCACGACAAAUAUUUAUUAUUUAUAUAGUAUAAGACUGUUUAAGG